AUGGCCUCUGCGGGCCACCGCCUGCUCCCUGAGCAGCCCGGCUUCCAAGGGGACUUCAAAUCGUCCAUCCAGGAGCUGCUGCAGCAGCCCGCCGUGCAGCACGUCUACCUCCCCGCGCUCGACUUGCGGGCCUGGCUGCUGACGCUGUCUGAUGGGCAAACGAAGCUCCAUGUGUACGAGGAAGAGCUGACUGAAAGCAAUUUCGCCUGCGACUGCUGCAGAAUAGUGGGAUGGCAGACCCACCCCGUGAGCAUCAAGAACUGGCACUUCAUUGUGCCUGCCGAGGAGGGGCCCUACUCUCUGUCCGAUCCCACCACGCUCUGCGCCAUCACCGAGGCGCGCGCGCGGGGCGAGGAGGGCAGCUCGCGCAUCGCGCUGCCCGCGCCAGACCCCGACGCCUCCCACCACCACCAGGCCUCCUCCGUGUUCGAGUCCAAGAUGCACCGCAUGCACGGCACGGUGCACAGCAACGGCUUUGGCCACCUGAUGCGCCUCAACGGGCGCGAAGGCGGCUCCAAGCACGCCACAGGGCGCCAGCUCAUGCAGCUAUGGGACGACGUCUGCGAGGCGCUGCACGUGCGGGAGGUCAGCACUGAGGAUGUGUCCAACAAGGCAAGCGGCGCUGCUGCGCUGCCGCCCGCAGGCCCAGCUGCCGCCGCGGGCAUGGAGCUGCGGGUGCUGCACGCCGCCGCCCGGCGCGCCACCUGGUACGGCCAGUGGCGCUACGGCUUUGGGCGGGGCGGCUUCAACAUGACGCCGCAGCAGGCAAGCGCGCGGCGCCUUGGGUGCUUGUGCGCGUGUGCCCUCUGGCAUGCCGCCAUUGACUAUGUGCACGGCGCGGCGCUGAGCGACGUGCUGGCAGACUUUGACGGCAUCGACGCCACGGUGCUGGACAUACUGCAGCGGUACAGGGACCCUGCCGCCGCGGCGGCGGCGGCCGGCGGGCGCGAGACGCUGGGCGGGCUGCUUAGCCGCGUGCUGGGCCUGCUGAGCCACCCCGACCCCAUCCUCCCCGCCUUUGAGGCGGCGGGGGCCGCGGAGCGCGAGCGCCAGCGCAUGAUGGCCGAGCUGCGGCUGCUCAUGCAGCACUACCACGAGCAGCAGCGCCAGCUGGCGGCGCAGCAGGCGCAGCACCCGCUGUCGCUCGACCAGGGCCCGACCGUGGCCUACUUUGGCGUCAGCCAGCAGCAGCAGGAGCUGCAGCGCCAGCAGCAGGAGCUCUUCGCCCUCGCCUCGCAGCCCUCCCAGCCCGCAGUGGCCUUCGCAGCGGCCGCCGCCGCCGACGACGAGGCUGCCGCCGACGCCGAUGCGGCUCCUGGGGCUCUGCAUCAGGAGCGGCAGCAGCAGGAGGCCAGGCAGGAGGCUGAGCAGAAGCAGCAGGAGCAGCGGCAGGGGCCUGAGGCCGAGGCUGCCGCCGCCGACGCGCUGGCAGAGCCGACGGCACAGGAGGCGGGUGGGCGGGGGGAGGAUGAGGAUGAAGAGAUUUCGGAGGCUGACCCUGAGGGGGAGGCGGCUGCGCCCUCAGGGGAACCAGAGCUGCUGUCGGCGGCGGCUGCAGAGGAGCAUGCGGCCGAGGCCGCAGACGAAGCCGCCGCCGCCGCCCACGCCACCGCUCAGGCCGCCAUUGCCGUCGCGGUCAGGGCUGCGCAGCCGGCGGCGGCGCCACCGGCGCCCCACCCACCGCCAGCCGCAGCUGCAGAUGUCGAAAUGACGCCAGCAGAGGAGGAGGAGGCGGCUGCUGCUGCUGUUGUGCCGGUGGCGGCGCCGAAGGCUGGCGCGGGCGAGGCGGCGGCCGCCGGCACCGGCGCCUUCCUGUCUCCGCCGCCGCCGCCGCCCCUGCCGGCCUCCCAGGCAGCUGUGGUGGCGGGCGAGGUGGACACCUGGCUGGCAGACUACGGCAGCGGCGGCAGCAGCCAGGGUGGCAGCGGGGCCGGCGGCGGCGACGGUGAUGGCGGCGAGGGGCCUGUGGAGGGUGUGCUGCGCUGCCGCCGCGGCGGCGGCCUCGGGGAGCCUCCCCUGGUAGACGCCGACGCAGCCGACGCUGCCCCGGCGCCGCCCGACGGAAGUGCCGUGCUGCGCCUGCGCGGCGGCGCCAGCGGCGGCCGCAAGCGCGCGGCUGCAGACGACGACGGCGCCGGGCCCGGCGGGGCUGCAGCCAAGCGCCCGAAAAAGGAGGGCGGCGGCAGCGGCGGGGUAGGCGCCGAGGUGGUUGGCCUCCCCAUCAUGGUGUACUGGAAAGAACAGAAGACGUACUACACCGGUACCGUCACAGAGUACAACAAGCGGGAUGGCAAGCACACGGUGCGGUACCGCGACGGAGACGUGGAGCACCUGGACCUGCGAGAGGAGCGCUUCAAGUGGUCUGACAAGGGAUCCGUGCAUGGACCUGGGCAGCCAGUCAAGCCGCCUAAGGAACUCAAGGGCAAGGGCAAGGGGCGGCAGGAGGAGGCGGCGCCGCCCGCCAAGCGCGGCAAGCAGAAGGGGCAGGAGCAGGAGCAGGCGCCCGGUGCGGUGGCCGGCAAAAAGGGCAAGGCGGCGCGGCAGGCGCAGGAGGCGGCUGCUGCGGCGGGCAAGCGGUCGCGCAAGCAGGCGUCGCCGUCUGAGAGCGAGCCCGAGGAGGAGGAGGAGGAGGAGGAGGAGCAGGAGGAGGGCCGGGGUGCCGGCGGCGCGAAAGCUAUGGACCCUGCCCGUCGUGGGCUGGGCCCUGCCCUCACAAACGUGCCCAUGCGCAUCUGGGUGCCCCAGGAGGAGCGCUGGAAGCGGGGGCACAGCACUUCCUACGCUCGCAAGUGCCACUCCUUCCUGUUUGAGGACGGCAGCCGGGCUCCCAUCGACCUGCUGCACACCGAGUUCCAGGUACUGGACAAGGAAGCUGCCAGGAAGCUGGCGGCGGCCCAGGCGGCCGCCGGCACCAGCAGGCCCGCCGCGGCCAAGCAGCGGGACGGCCGGCAGGAAGCUGGCAAGAAGCUGGCGGCGCCCGCCGCGCCGCUGCAGGAGCCGGCGCCAGCGCGCGGCAGGAAGCGGCAGCAGGAGGGAGACGAGGCAGGCGGCGACGACGACGGGGCGGGCCCCUCGCCCCAGCCGGCCGCCGCCGCCGCUGCUGAAGCAGCCGAGGCCGCCCAGCAGCAGCAGCAGCUACAGCAGGUGCCGCGGCGCGGCCGCAGGGGCGCCCCGCCUGAGGAGCAAGCUGAGCGGCAGCCGCCGCCGGCCGCGGGCGCGCGCCGUGGCGGCGGCGCCGCGGCCGCUCGGCCCGCCGAGGCGGCUGCACGCGUGGCGGAUGCCUGGCAGCACCCCACCAUCCCGCCGCCGCCGAAGCCGCUGGCCGGCGCCGCGCUGCGUGCUUACCUCAAGAGCUAUGAGGAGGCAGCCGGCGCCGCCGCGGACGGCACGCCCGUUCAGCCGCCGCCGCAGCAGCAGCAGCCUGUAGACGAUGACGACGCGGUGGCUGCGGCGGUGGCGGCGGCCGCGGUGGCACACGCCGUGGCUGCCAACACGCCCGGCGGCUCUGCGGCGCCUGCUGCGCGGCCGCCUGUGGCAAUGCCGCAGCAGCCGCAGCAGCAGCAGCUGCUGCAGCAGCAGCCCCCGCCCGGCCCUUUCUUCAGCGUGGAGCAGCUGGCGGAGGCUGCCGGGCGGCAGCCCAGCCAGUCCAGCCGCGAGGCGGUGGCUGCUGAGCUGGCGGGCGGCCGCCUAGCGCUGGGCUGCGGCAGCUGCCGGUACUCCACCGGAGGCUGCAAGCGCUGCCGUCCUCGCGUGCUCACAGCCCUGGAGGCGCAGGGCUUGGCCACCGACCGCCUGCAGCUGCUGGGCGCUUGCAACCGCUGCCGCGACUACGAGCACGGCUGCCCCGCCUGCUGGCGCAUGAUCCUGCUGGCGGGAGAGCCCGCGCUGGUGGCGCAGCUGCUGUCGGGAGCGGCCGCGCCAGCUGGCGCCGAGGUGCAGCCCGCGGCGGCGGCGGCGACUGCGGCGGCAGCGGCAGAGGGGAAGCCUGCGGCAGAGGAGAGGGCCGCGGCGGCGGCCGCGCGCGGCAAGCCUGGGCGUGGCGGGGCCAAGGGCAAGCGGAAGCAGCAGCAGGAGGCAGAGGCGGCGGCUGCUGUCAAGGAAGAGGCUGCCGCAGCGGCAGAGGCGCACCCAGCCGCUGAGGCGGGCGCCGCGGCGGCCGCCGCAGGAGAGGUGCCCGAAGCGGCCCAGGUCCACAAGAAAGCGCGCAGGCAACAGCAGCAGCAGCAGCAGCAGCAGGCGUCGCAGGCGGCGGCCGAGGCGGCCCCAGACGCGAGCCCCGCCGUCGCCGCAGCAGCGACCCCUGAGGUCCCGCUGUCUGAGGUCGACGGCGAGGCCGCCACCGGCAGCGGCAGCAAGAAGAAAGGGCCGGACCGGGCGCCCGUGGAUGAGGCCACCAAGGCUGCAGUGCUGGAGCAGCGGGCGCAGGGCGGCAUCCUGCUGGGGUGCCCGCGCUGCCGCUGGCGCACCGCUACGGGCUGCGUGGACUGCCGGCAGAAGGCGCUGGUGCAGAUGAGGCAUGAGGGGCUUCAAGAGGCGCUGGCAGCGCUGGGCUGCGAGCAUUGUGAGGCCAGCGAUACCAAGGGCUGCCGCCGGUGCUGGCCCACCGCCGUGGCGGCAGCGCAGCAGGCGCAGCUGGCGCGGCCGCCGCAGCCGCCCCGCCAGCAGCAGCAGCAGGCGUACGCGGCCGCGGCCGCGCCAGCCGGCAAGAAGGCGGCCAAAGCGGCUGCGGCGGCGGGGGCCGCCGAGGCCAUAGACGCGGCCACGGCAGACGCCGCCUCGCCGGCGGCCGCCUCCGGCGCCGCCGCCAGCAGCGCCAGCACGCGGCGCAACAAGGCGCUGCUUGCAGUCAACCGCGAGGCGGUGGCGGCGGCGCACGCGGCGGGCAAGGUUGCGCUGGGUUGCGGGCGCUGCCGCUACUCCAUGACCGGCGGCUGCAACAACUGCCGCUCGCGCAGCGCCGAGCUCAUGCGCAAGGAGCGCCCCGCCCUGGCCACCAAGCUGGGCUGCGAGCACUGCGAGGGCAGCGAGGAUGGGUGCCCGCACUGCUGGAAGGAUGUGCUGGUGGAACUGGGAGAGGAGGCGGUUCAGAGCGCUCCACAAGACAAGGUGGCUGCUGCUAUGGCCACGCCGUUGCCCGAGAAUGAGGGGCCCGGUGCUGCGGCUGGCGCCGCGGGACAGCCCGCGGCAAGCCCCGCGGCGGCGGUGGCGGCGGCGGCCAAGGCGGCCAAGGCACGGCAGCCCAAGGGCAAGGUGGCCAGGCAGGGCGGCGCGGCAGCGGCGGCGGCGGCGGCGGCGGUGGCGGCGGUGCCAGGCGUGGGGGCGGUUCGGUUUGGAAACCGCAUCACCAACUCACGCAUCAGGGUGUGGUGGAGCGGGGACAACACCUUCUACCAGGGCCGCAUCACCAGCUACAAGCAGGGCCUGCACCGUGUGGUGUAUGAUGAAGACCAGCACGCCGAGAAGCUGGACCUGCAAAAGCACCACAUCCAGCUGCAGCUGCAGGACCACGGCCAGUGGCUGGAGUUCAACGGGGGGCAGCCCGUGGGGGAUGCUGCGGUACAGGCGGUACAGGCGGUCUACUCUGCCCCGGCCGAGACGCCGCCCCGCGAGCAACCCCUGGGUGUGGCUGUAAAGGAUCUGCUGCAGAAGCGGGUGCGGGUGCUGUGCUCGGAUAUGGAGGGGCAGUGGAAGGAGGGCGUGGUGGCCGGCUUCGCCCAGGGCAAGUUUGCCAUGACCUUUGAUGACGGCACCAAGGGCCGCUACUACCUGCAGCAGGAGCAGUGGGAGCCUCUGGACCUGGAGCUGCUGCAGCAGCGGCAGCACGCGCAGCGCGGCGUGCACCCCGCCGGCGCGGGCCGGCAGCCCGCGUCGCCGCGCCUGCGCGCCGCGCGCGCUGCGGCGGCCGCAGCGCUCGGCGCCUACGCCGAGGUAUCUGACGGGGACGAGGAGGAGGUGGAGGAGGUGCUGGAGGAGGAGGCGGAGGAGGGCGGCGAGUGGCAGGCCGGCGGCGCCGCGGCCGCCGCCGCCGCGCGGCCGGCGCCGCCGCCGGUGCCCGGGGCGGCCAGCGGGGCGCCGCCGCCUGCCGCGCCCGCUCCCCGCACCGCGGACCAGCUGCCCGACCCGCUGCCGCUGUCUCCCGAGGCCGAGGCUGCUCGCAAGUACAAGUUUGGCCUGCACAAGUAUGUAGGGCAGCGGGUGCGGGUGUGGGCCGCGGCGCAGCAGGCGUGGAAGGAAGGAGACGUCACCAGCUACGGCCAGGGGCGGCACAAGGUGCAGUACUAUGAUGGUACCCGCGGCAGCUUCAACAUGCUGCAGGACAGCUUUCAGCUGCUGCCGCACCCGGGCAGCCCCGCGACGGCCGCCCCGCUGCUGCCGCCCGCCGCGCCAGCGCCGGCCGUCGCCGCCGCCGGCGGCGCGGCGGCGUUUGGGCCGGGCCUGCCCUCGCGGCGGCAGGCGGGCAUGCCGCCGCUGGGGCCCAAGCCGCCGCAGGGCGGGCCUCCCAUCCUGGAUGGCGACCUGCUGCCCAUCCCUCGCCAUCAGCUGAAGGGCGAGUUUGAGCUGCCGCCCUGCACCCAGCCCUUCAGCCUGGAGAAGAUCUGCCACGUCAUGCGCCUGUCCCUGCAGAAGCUCAAGGAGCACCCCGGGCAGUGGGUGCCAAAGCUGUAUGUGCGCCAGCACCUGCACGCCGCCAGCAUCAGGCAAGCGCCGGAUGUGGACAACGGCCUCAUGGACUACUGCGGCCGGGCGAUGGAGCUAAAUGUGCUCGAUGGGUGGGCGGUGUACCGCCUGCGGUCGCCGCGGUACAACGUCAUGGCUCACGCCGACACCGCCUACUUCCAGGGCUACAUCGACCCUCACCAGCGCGUGAGGGCCAUGACCAUGCAGCUGGAGGUGGUGCAGCUGAUCGCGGCGGGGCGGUGGGAGGAGGCGCAUGGGCUGCGGUCGGGCCUGCUGGAGCACAUUCGGAGCUCGGCGGGGGCCGCCACGCUGCUGGACAUGGGCAGGUGUGUGUACGAGGACUAUGAUGCCGGGAAGCUGGUGGACUGCUACCUGAACCUGCCCGAAGUACAGGAGGCUCUGGGCGUGGCGCCGGGGCUGCGCUUUGAGUCGUGUUCUGACGAGGUGGGGGAGGCGCUGGGGCCCGAUGUGAUGAAGACUGUGAAGCACCUGGUGCCGGACCUGCUGGCGGCGUACCCAAUGCUGCUGUACCAAGGCAGGGGCCCCGGAUCCCU